AUGGCUCGAUACUGUCGCAAGUCGUGCGGCCUGGGCCUUGACGCCGCGUUCGGGUAUAGCCCUGGUCAGGUCUAUGAUGGCACGUUCAUUCGCACCGCCGCCACCACCGCCCCAGACCACUACGUCUACCGAGCCCCCAACGGCAUGCAGCUCUACCAGGCGCAGGAGGGAGCUUCGGUGCUCUGGGUAAUUGGUGCAAACGUCGGACAGACAAAUGGCCUCGCCGUGAACUCCGAGGUCGGAGCCGACCAGCGCUGUCCAGACACGCUACCGAGCGCAUGGGCCGUCCUUGGCAAAGUGGAUCCCGGCCUCGACGGCGCGCUCGGGUAUAGCCAGGUGUACGACGGCGCAAUGUACGACGGCAUAUUUACCCGCACCAUCAUCGCUAACAUCCCGCACCACUAUGUCCUUCUCGCCAGCAGCGCGCGCAAAGCGGCCCACCCCGCUGGCGACUUUCUGUGGCGUGACUACCGCGCGCCGCUAAUGUACUGGGAGCUUCUGGACCUGAUUCGCAAGAUCUUCUUGGCCGCGCUCAUCCUCUUUGUGCAGACGGACCUCGGCGAGACCAAGGUGCUGCGCUUGGUGAUCGCCGCGCUCGUCUCUGCGGUGUACCUCGUCGCGCUGGCGCUGGCUCGCCCCUUUGAGCGCUCGGACGACCUCUACCUGUCCUGCCUGUCCAACCUGCUGCUCACGUGCUGCUUUGUCGUGGGCAUCUUGGUAAACAUCUGCGACGGCGACGUGGCGGACUGCGACCGCGUGAGCGGCCUGUCAACUACCCGCGCCACGAUGAUGGUGCUCGUCGCCUCUUGCACCAUGCUCGUCGUGUCGCCCCUCGUCGUGCUGAGCAAGACGGUCGACGCCUGGCAAGCGGACCAGAUAGCAGACAAUGUGCGCUCGAACCUGCAACGAGCCCAAGAGGCAAAAAAGGGGCGGCCUGCGGUCAGGUCGCCGCGAGAAGAGGCGCCUCCCGCCUCGGAGGCCGUGGAGCGCGGCCUCUCGCUACAGGCAGCGCCGGGGCCAAAGAGCCGGUGGGCUUGGAACGCGAUGGGCACGGAAGAAAGAAAGAAAACAGACAACCCAAGGGAGGGAUGGGAGGACGGCACGCCGCCACCACACAGGGAUUUUAAGGAGAGGGGUGUUGGAUAUGCAACGGUGGCAUAA